AAAGUGCUAUCUAGCAUCAUACAGUGUUUUGAAAGAUGUCCUCUUCAACAAAAACGAAUUUUUUAGUAGUCCUGCUGGUCAUUACGGCCACCAUUCCGCCUCCGGAGGUGGCCGCCGCCAAAAUUUUAGGGUUCUUUGGCAUCUCGUCGCGGAGCCACAACAACUUUUUCAACGCCCUGAAUGUCGAGCUGGCCAACCGAGGUCACGAACUCACUGUGGUCACCGCAUUUCCCAUGAAAAACACGCCGAAGAACUACCGGCAGAUAGACGUAAAGAUAGUGAGGGAACUUUUCAACGAGAUUAACAUGGUAAAGGCUAGCAAGUCGGGAUUUUGGACACAAAUCUUCCGGUGGAGAGAACCGGGUGAACCUGCGAACGUUAUGGUGGUCUGCAGCAAAGUUUUGAAAAUACCAGAGGUCGAAGCAUUAAGAAGUGAAAAUUUUGAUUUACUUUUGGUGCCAAUGUAUUACAAUGACUGCGCCUACCCCUUUUCGUGGCUUUACAACGCACCCAUGGUCAUGAUGGCCCCGUCAGGUGAUGCAUCCCACUUUGAAAUAGGAAUUGGAAAUCCUGAACCGCCGUCUUACGUACCAAAUAAAUUUUUGCCAUACACAGAUCACAUGACCUUUUAUCAGCGUUUCAUAAACACGUUUACUGCGCACCUUCUCAACUUUCUAAGAUUCUGGUUCAUUUUUCCAAUUAUUGAUGAAGACAUCAAAGAAUUUUUCGGACCAGACGCACCCUCCGUGGUGGAAUUGCAGAAAAACACGAGCCUCCUCAUUUUGAACGGACACUUCUGCUUGAACUAUCCAAGACCUUUCGUGCCUGCGGUUAUUGAGGCAGGAGGAAUGCAAAUUAAAAAAGACGUCAAACCUUUGCCGAAAGAUUUGCAAGAUUUUCUAGACGGCGCAAAGGAAGGUGCGAUUUAUUUCUCGAUGGGUUCCAUUCUUCAAGCCAAAGAUAUGCCUUUGGAAAAGGUUAAAGCUUUCGUUGCAGCUUUUGCUGAACUUCCUCAAAGGAUUAUUUGGAAAUGGGAAGUGGAAAAACUUCCGGGUCAGCCAAAAAACGUCAAAACGGGAGUCUGGCUACCGCAGCAAGCUAUUCUUAGUCACCCAAAUGUAAAACUCUUCAUCACGCACGGUGGUUUGCUGAGCACUCAGGAGGCUUCUUACUACGGAAUGCCACUCGUUGGAAUUCCCAUGGUUGGAGACCAAAUGCUGAAUGUGAUCAGGUCGCAGAAUAUGGGCUAUGCCCUUCAACUGUCCUACCAAAACCUCACAAAAGAGACAAUUUUAAAUACGAUCAAGAAAGUUCUUAAUGAACCUAGCUUUUCAAAGAAUGCAAAAAAAUUGCAAACGUGUGUUAGGGACCAACAGCAGACACCUUUGGAACGAGCGGUUUUCUGGACCGAGUACGUCCUGCGCCACAAUGGGGCGCCCCAUUUACGUUCGGCGGCUGCUGAUCUUGAAUGGUAUCAAGUGCACUUGGUUGACGUGUACGCGGUGCUCGCUGUCCUCGUUGCCUUGCCCCUGGUCUUGAUUUGUUUAAUCAUCAAGAAACUCUGCUGCUCAAAAAGAAAAUUUCAUGAAAAUUCAUCAGUGGGAAAAAAGAAGAAUAGAAGUUCUGACUAAUGUUCCACAUUGUUAAAUACAUGCUAAAUUUUAACAGUUCGUAAUUUUGGAUAUCAUUUUCGUACUAUUUAAGAAAGCAAAAGUUUGAUUUAAUAUCAUGGAAGAGCAAAAUUAAUAUUAAAAUAAUUAUAGCCAUAAUUUAUUAUAAUUU